AGCGGCUAAUCGGUUAGCUCGGCUGGUCAGUGAUUCAGGCUGCUUCUGCACGCUAUUUACGGUUACGUUUAUUUUACAGCGGCGUGGCGUUUCAGCAGUGACUGCGGAGGGCCGUAGCCGACCGCCUUUGGUAGCUAAAACACCGAGAGGCGUCAUGAAGACGGUGAAUCGGGCCCGGGUUUAAAGUUUUGUCGCCGUUAGCAGCUGUUAGCAGCAGCAACGUAACUGAAGGUACAUCAAGCACAGCUAACCUGCUAACGCUAACACAACAACAACAACAACAACAACAACAGCCUCCACAGCGGCAGACGUGUUAAAGCGUGAUGGGUAACCAGCUGGCAGGGAUCGCCCCUUCUCAGAUCCUCUCUGUGGACAGCUACUUCUCCGAUAUCCACGACCAUGAGUAUGAUAAAAGUCUGGGCAGCACCCGCUUCUUCAAGGUGGCCCGGGCUAAGCACCGGGAGGGCCUGGUGGUGGUGAAAGUCUUUGCCAUCCAGGACCCGUCACUGCCGUUGACCAGCUACAAACAGGAGCUGGAAGAGCUGAAGAUCCGGCUACACUCCUGCCAGAACUGCCUGCCCUUCCAGAAGACGUCGCUGACAGAGAAAGCUGCCAUCCUGUUCCGUCAGUAUGUCCGGGACAACCUCUAUGAUCGCAUCAGCACGCGGCCUUUUCUCAACAAUGUGGAGAAGCGUUGGCUUGCUUUCCAGAUCCUCAACGCUGUUGAUCAGGCGCACAAGGCUGGCGUCCGCCAUGGUGACAUCAAGACGGAGAACGUGAUGGUGACCAGCUGGAACUGGGUGCUGCUCACUGACUUCGCCAGCUUCAAGCCCACGUACCUGCCGGAGGACAACCCUGCCGACUUCAACUACUUCUUUGACACGUCCAGACGGAGGACGUGCUACAUCGCCCCUGAGAGGUUUGUGGACGGAAGCAUGUUCACAACAGAGAGCGACCAGAACACGCCGCUGGUUGACCUGACAAACAACAACCAGAGGAGCAGGGGGGAGCUGAAACAGGCAAUGGACAUCUUCUCUGCAGGCUGUGUGAUCGCAGAGUUGUUCACGGAGGGUGUUCCUCUCUUCGAUCUGUCACAGCUGCUGGCAUAUCGUAAAGGACUCUUCCAGACGGAGCAGGUCCUCAUGAAGAUCGAGGAUAGGAGCAUCCGAGAGCUGGUGGCUCAGAUGGUUCGGCGGGAGCCAGAGAAGCGUCUGACAGCUGAGGAGUAUCUGAAGCAGCAGAGAGGGAAAGCAUUCCCUGACAUCUUCUACACCUUCCUGCAGCCCUACAUGGCUCAGUUCGCCAAAGAGACUUUCCAGUCUGCAGACGAACGAGUGCUUGUCAUCCGCAAAGACCUUGACAACAUCCUGCACAACCUGCGAGGAGGCUCCUCCUUCUCUUCGUCGCAGGACGGCGGUGAGGGCGUGCUGAGCUCCCGUGAGGAGCAAGGCCUCAUCGUCCUGGUGUCUGUCAUCACAUCCUGCUUGCAGACACUGCACUCUUGCGACUCCAAGCUGGCUGCACUGGAGCUCAUCCUGCAUCUGGCGCCGCGUCUCGGCGUCGACAUCCUGCUGGACCGCAUCACGCCCUACCUGCUGCACUUCUGCAACGACCCCGUGCCCCGCGUGCGCGCUCAGGCCGUGCGCACUCUAGCAAAGGUACUGGCGCUGGUGAAGGAGGUGCCGAGGAACGAUGUUAACAUCUACCCAGAGUACAUCCUCCCGGGCAUCGCACAUCUUGCCCAGGACGACGCCACCAUCGUCAGGUUAGCGUAUGCAGAGAAUAUCGCCCACCUGGCAGAGAGCGCGCUGCGUUUUCUCGAGCUGGUUCAGGAAAACAAUGUGAACACAGAGCAGGACCUGAGCAGCGAGGACGCCGAGGAAGCUCUCCACCCCAAUGAAAACUAUGACUCAGAGCUGCAGGCGCUGCAUGAGAUGGUGCAGCAGAAGGUGGUGACGCUACUCAGCGACUCUGAGAACAUAGUCAAGCAGUCGCUUAUGGAGAACGGCAUCACACGUCUCUGCGUCUUCUUCGGCCGACAGAAAGCCAACGAUGUCCUGCUGUCUCACAUGAUCACAUUCCUUAAUGACAAGAACGACUGGCACCUCCGGGGAGCGUUUUUCGACAGCAUUGUAGGUGUUGCGGCGUACGUGGGCUGGCAGAGCUCCUCUAUCCUGAAACCUCUCCUGCAGCAGGGCCUUAGUGACACUGAGGAGUUUGUCAUCUACAAAGCUCUGAACGCUCUCACUUGUAUGUGCCAGCUAGGCCUGCUGCAGAAACCUCACAUCUACGAGUUUGUCAGCGACAUUGCUCCGUUCCUGUGUCACCCCAACCUGUGGAUCCGUUAUGGAGCAGUGGGCUUCAUCACUGUGGUCGCACAGCACCUCAAUGUGGCCGACGUCUACUGCAAACUGAUGCCUCACCUCAACCCCUUUAUCACCCAGCCCAUCAUCCAGAUUGAUAAGGAGCUGGUCCUGCUGAGCGUCCUUAAGGAGCCGGUAAGUCGCUCUAUCUUCGACUACGCCCUGCGCUCCAAAGACAUCGCCAGCCUCUUCAGACAUCUGCUGCUUCGGCAGAAGAAGCGCGCAGGUUCGAUCCCAGAGUGUCCCACGCCUGAGGAUCCGGCCAUCGCUCAGCUGCUCAAGAAGCUGCUGUCACAGGGGAUGACCGAGGCGGAGGAGGACAAGCUGCUGGCGCUCAAAGACUUCAUGCUGAAAUCCAACAAGGCCAAAGCCAACAUGGGCGAGCAGAGCCACCUGGGGGAGGCGGUGCAGACCGGCGUCAUUGACCUGGCGAUGCUCGGCAUCACCGGCCGCCAAGUUGACCUGGUCAAACCCAAGGCUGAGGCGGAGGACAAGAGAGAGUCCAUCGCUGCAGCAUCUGCGAGGAAGCACACGAAGCAGGACUCCACCAUGAAUGAGGAGUGGAAGAGCAUGUUUGGUUCUCAGGAGCCGCCGUCCUCGCAGGCCGUCACCGCCACUGACGGGCCGGUCAGUCAGAUCAGGAAGAGUGCUGUAGCUCCGGCUGUUCCAGUGUUGCAGUCGGUGGCGAGCGGUCCGGCCUACCAGCGACGCAUCAACACCUGCAAGGCAGAGCUGCAGCAGCUGGUGCAGCAGAAGAGGGAGCAGUGCAGCGCCGAGCGCAUGGCCAAGCACAUGAUGGAGAGCGCCGAGUGGGAGAGCCGACCACCUCCACCCGGGUGGCACCCCAAAGGUCUGCUGGUGGCUCACCUCCACGAACACAAAGCUGCAGUGAACCGCAUCCGAGUCUCAGACGAACACUCCAUCUUUGCCACGGCGUCAAACGACGGCACUGUCAAAGUCUGGGACAGUCAGAAGAUGGAGGGAAAGACCACGACCACCCGGUCGGUGUUGACUUACUCUCGUAUCGGAGGUCACGUGAAGACGCUCACCUUCUGUCAGGGCUCACAUUACCUGGCCGUGGCCUCCGAUAACGGCUCCAUCCAGCUGCUCGCAGUCGAAGCGAAUAAACCACCAAAGUCCCCCAAAGUGCAGCCCUUCCAGACCAGGUCUCUGGACCUGCAGGAGGACGGCUGUGCGGUCGACAUCCACCACUUCAACUCAGGCGCCCAGUCGGUGCUGGCCUACGCCACUGUUAAUGGCUCACUGGUCGGCUGGGACCUUCGCUCCAACUCCAACGCCUGGACACUGCGACACGACCUCCGCCUCGGACUCAUCACCUCCUUCACCGUGGACAUGCACCAGUGCUGGCUGUGCCUGGGAACCAGCAGCGGCACCAUGGCCUGCUGGGAUAUGCGGUUUCAGCUCCCCAUCUCAAACCACUCCCACCCAGCCCGAGCACGAAUCAGACGGCUGCUGAUGCACCCGCUCUACCAGUCAUCAGUGAUCGCAGCCGUUCAGGGGAACAACGAAGUGUCCAUGUGGGACAUGGAGACUGGAGACCGUAAAUUCACCCUGUGGGCAAGCUCGGCACCUCCACUGUCAGAGAUGCAGCCGUCUCCUCACAGUGUUAACGGGAUCUACUGCAGUCCUGCUGAUGGGAAUCCUCUGCUGCUGACGGCCGGAUCUGACAUGAGAAUCAGGUUCUGGGACCUGGCCUAUCCAGAGAGGUCGUACAUCGUAGCAGGAGGAGCCAACGACUCACUGCACUGUCCGUCUGUCCUGUACAGCCGCAAGAUCAUAGAGGGAACAGAAGUCGUACAGGAGAUUCACAGUAAACAGAAGAGCGGCGUGGUGGAGGAUUCGCCUCGUCGCGGCCCAGAAUCUCUUCCUGUGGGACACCAUGACAUCAUCACUGAUAUCGCCACCUUCCAGACCACGCAAGGCUUCAUCGUCACCUCGUCCAGAGACGGCAUCGUCAAGGUGUGGAAGUGAGCGACAGCAACAACAACACAACACCAGUAAUAAAACACACACACCUGUGUGAUGUGUGUUAAACUUUAACAUCUGACUGAAAGCUACUGUUUCUGUUAAUUCAAUAUCAGUGUGCGGAUCUCAGCAGCAGCAUGAAAACCUCCAGCUACAGGAUACAUUUGUGUAUUAGAAUAUUUGUUUAUUCGAGUUUUUUCUGUUUGAGCUCAACAUGUGUUUGAAGUCACUUUAUAUUCAUGAGAUUUAAGGUCAUUAUUAUAUAAGAACAUUAGUGACCAACUCAGGCCUGAUUGAGUUCAUUUUAAAACUAUUUUAUGGCUGUUUGUUGAAAGGUGAGCCAAAAAAAGCUCUUUUUUUAUUUGCUGGUCGAGUUUGUACAUAAAUUAUUUUCAACGUGAGUAAUAUAAAGUUUGGUGGCAAACUUGUAAAAAUAACAACAAAUCUUACUAACUGCAGAUGAAUCAUGUGACCUGAAAUGUUCUGUUUGUCCAACUGUUCAAUAAAAUCUGCAAAAAUCUGUUCUGAUGUA